GUGUUUGUGUGUGUUUGUGUGGGGAGGGCGUUUGGAGGGAAGGCUGCUGGCUGAGCUGAGGAGGCCACGGGGCAGGGUUCCCGGUGACAGACAUGGGGUUGUCGUUCCCGUCUUCUCCUCGGAAGCCUCCGCCUUCUCAGACACCGUAGAUACUUCCUGCGGCCCAGCGGAAGGCCGUGCCCCUGCCCAAGGAUCCCCCCCGCCUGUCAGGGCCGUGAAACCCACCCGCCCCGGCCGGCGCGGCUGCGCGGGGAAUGCCCGGGCAGGCCUGCUGGCUCCGCCCGCGCCCGCGCCCGCGCUGGCCUCCGUCCCGGAGAAAGCCGCCAGGCGGGGUCGGCGGGGGGAAAGCAGCCCCGGCCUGGGCCCCGGGUGAGGGCACAGUGACCCGUGGGAAGGCUCGUGUGCACGGACUCGGGUGAAGCUGCAGAGCUGCCUUUCAGCCCUGAGUCCUUGGCUUCCUGGGUCGGAGGAGAUCUUGUAAUGGAGUGGUUCUUCGUCUCACACUAGCAAGAUGCCUGAUUUCCUCAGGAUCGAGGGAUUGAAGAAUGUCACGGGUUCCACUGGGGAAAGUCCUCCUGAGGAAUGUCAUCCGGCAUACAGAUGCUCACAAUAAGAUUCAGGAAGAAUCAGAUAUGUGGAAAAUCAGAGAACUAGAGAAACAGAUGGAGGAUGCCUACCAGGGGACCAAAAGGAAAAUGUUACCCAGCAGUUCAAGUCGAAUGCGUAGUGAUGGUUUUGAUGAAGAACGUCAGAGAGACUACUGCAGGCCAAGGAAUGAAAUUUCUGGGGCAAUGGAAGAUGAUUUUCUUAAGGCUAAAUCUUGGAACAAGAAGUUAUAUGAUUAUGAAGCUAACAUGCCAGACAGAUGGGGUCACAGUGGUUAUAAAGAGUUGUACCCUGAAGAGUUUGAAACAGACAGUAGUGAUCAACAAGAUAUUACCAAUGGGAAAAAAACAUCUCCCCAGGUAAAAUCAUCUACCCAUGAAUCCCGCAAACAUAAGAAAUCAAAGAAAUCUCAUAAAAAGAAGCAGAAAAAACGGUCACACAAAAAACAGAAGAAAAGGAAAAAGGAAGCUACAGAUGUAACAGCAGAUUCCUCAAGUGAGUUCUCAGAAGAAACUGGCACUUCUGGUACCAGGAAAAGGAAGCAAUCACACAAGAGCAAGAAAAAGUCCAGGAAAAAGUCUCCCAGAAAGUCUGCUUUAUCCUUGGAGGCAGAAAGUGACACUUCUCAGUCAGAUGAUUCAGCAGCUAGCAGUUCCGAGGAAAUUGAGGAAAGAGACACUAAGAAAACCAAAAGGAAAAAGAAAGAGAAAAGUGUUCAUCUCCCUGCCCCUAACAGUGAGACACAGGAAAGGACAAACAAACGCACAAAUUGGAAAGUGGCUACAGAUGAAAGGUCUGCCGAAAGCUCAGAAGAUGACUGACUCGGAAAGGAACAUUCUGAUUUCCCACUUGACUGGGUAUCUACAGCUCUUAAACAUUGGGGUUUUGCUAGGGACUCCUUCAGCUCAGGGGGUCCGAGGUCAGAGCUGUCUUGUGCCAUCUUAUAUAUUGAUAGAUACCUUGCCUUCUAAUUCGUUAAACUCGAUCCCCUUUUGUUGUAACAAGGAAUCUGGUGUUUUGUUAAUGAAGGUUCUUGAAGAAGAGUUUUUUUUUUUUUUUUUUUUUUUUAAAUAAUCACCUUUAGGGUAGAGUACCUAUACAGCAAAUUAAAGGACCCAGAAAGCUGAAUCCUGUGAAUCCAAUGACCUGGUACACCAGUUGGAAUGUUGGAUUUGGGGGUGAUCAGUGUCUGGGAUGAAGAGGCUGGAAGCAGUGCUAGAUAGGAGGUUUGACAAGUGAACAUGAAGUUGCAGCGUCCUAACUUCAGCCUUGGUGCUUUGAUCCUUCCGUAUCUUGACCUUAGUGCUAUCUUGUUUACUUAUUGAGGAAAUGGGCAUAAGAACCACCUUUUUCCAUGGUAAUGUCCACAGGUGACUGUUAAGGAACCAGAGUUUUCUGCCAAAUUUCCCUGCUGGACAGGGUCUACAACUAUAUUUAAUAUAGCAUAAUGGUAAUUGGAUAGUAGUACGUGGUUUUCUAGUUCCAUUGCUGUAUAUUGCCUAAAUGGGUUUGUGUUUAAAAUUAUUUGUUCAGUUGUCAUAGUCUCUAUCAAAGGGGAAGAAUUAGGAAGUAGUCAUGUUGCCAAUGAUGUUCUGAAAGGGAUUCAGGGCAGCAACAGCCAUCUAAGUGUCCCCACCACCCUCUUUUUUUUUUUGCCAUGUUGGGGAUUAAACCCAAGGCCUUGCAUAUAGUAAGCAAGUCCUCUAGCACUGAGCCAUACCCCCAACUCUGUUGUCUUCCUUGUUAAUUUUUAAUUCUAUUAAUGAACUUUAGAUUUUCCCUGAAACUAGUUGAAUCAGUUUCAAAAUAAAACAGGCUUCUCAGGGACAUACCCACCUCUUCCCAGUUUGACUUUUCAACCAUAUCAUUUCCCUUUGCUAUACUGUGAUCCCUAUGUUCAUUAAGAAACCAAAACCACCACCUAAAGGUGGCUGGCAGAACAAUUCGUUUUCCAUUGAAAGAAAAGAUCAAGUGACAUUGUCAGGUGGGUUUUGUGUAUAUGUUGUUUUGUGAUUGUCACUUACUAUACUGAGUAAAAAGUAUAAAAACUCAGGCUUUGGGUCAUGGUUCUGCCACUAAUUGGCUGACUUCUAGAGCAGGUUAGGUUAACCUUCCUGGCCUUACUUUCUGCAUUUAUUACAAAAAUACUUCAUGGAUAGCAUGGCAAUUUAAGACACCAGCAACAGAAUACAACUAUGACAUUUCAUGAAGUGCUAUUUUAUAGUUCUAACUAUAUUAGUGCUCUUUAUGGAACAUUUCUAAUAAAGUGCUUGUUCUAAAAGUGCACAGUCGGACAGGUGUCCUUUCCAUUGAUUAUGAGCUGGUGCUACCUUUUGGGAUAGUAAAACACUAAUACUUUGGUGUUAGUACCAGUGUUUCAUGGUAUGUUUUUAUCCUUGGGUUUAGUGGAGGCCUAAUGGGAGAAGAAUCUUAAUUACUACCUCAUAAUAACCUUGAAGCAAGUAAUAGCUUAAGUUUUUAGCAUGUAUUUUUAAAGCAUUUUUUUUUUGUCUGUGCUACAAAAGUACUGAUUCCAAGUACAGAUUCAGGAAGGGGGGACUGUAGAAUAGAGCACUUCCAGAAAGUUGGUUCUAUUUGGGUCUUGACUUAGUCCUCCCGUACUAACAGGCUUAUCUUUUCCCCAAGGAAUGCACAUUUUGCCUGAUUUUUCUCCCCAUGUUUUAUCUUUUCUUGGUCAUAUAAGCAAUAAACUGUUUUCUGUCCUAAACAUUUCUUAUUCCUAAAUUCCUGUCUAUGCCUUAGGCUCAGGCUUUGAUGGUUUCUCUCAUCCCCUUAACUAUGGCUUAGGGUGGCUCUUCAAAACCUGUCAUCUCCCAUUUGUAGUACAGCCUUGGAACAUUUAUUUUUAGUUUUCUUGCCAAUCAGAGAUCUUCAUAUUCAAUCUUAAAAUAGGAUUUAGGAAGAGAAAGAACUGGAGAUGUCACAUUUAUUGAAUAACUGGUGUGAUACAACCUGGAAUUACUGGAUUCCAAAUAAAUAAAAUUUCACUUUUUGAA